AUGAGUUUUCCCAUUGCACCAGCUUUUAGCGCCCUCCGCCUGGCCAGACUUCGCGAUGUGCCUAGGAUUGCAACUGUUGCCACGGCGGGUUUUUACUAUUCUCCUGUUUUCCCCUGGGAGAGCCGUUUUCAUCGGGACUUUCCCACGGAUACCUUUCAAUCCUACGAGAAGAUGUUCGCCGAUACAAUCAUCAGCCCAGACUAUGCUACAUUAGUCGUUGAAGAUUCGUACGACCCAGCCGAGGCAGAAAAGACUGAAGCCACCAUCAAGCCUGAUGAGAAAAUUUCCGCUCCAAAGCUCCAAAAGCCGGAGACCGUGUUAUUAGACAAGAGCCCUUUCCAUGCCGAUAUGCUCGAUGAGAAGUGCGACGCGGCCGAGGAGAAGUACUUCGAAGGCCACCAACUUGUGGACAUGGUCGUGGUCCAUCCUGCGUAUUGGAGGCGGGGCCAUGGAACAUCUCUUGUAAAAUGGGGCAAGGCCCUGGCAGACGUGGAUAGGGUUAAUCAGGGUGUCAUUGCGGCGGACAUGGGAGAGAAGCUAUACACCUCUUUGGGUUAUGGAAAACUAGAUGAUGUGAGGGCUGUGUCUGAGGAUGGGCCCCCACCACAUGAGGUCCAGGUCGGUGUCCUGCGAUACUCUGGUCCUUGGUCGGCGAGGGCCGAGUUGUAA